AUGGCCUACCAGAUCGGUGGAAGUGCCGGCUACGACCCCAGCCACGGAAAGGACCCUCUCUCCAACGGCGAUGUGUGCAAGCGUGACGCCGCCCUCAUGCAGGUCCUCGGUAUCAACACUAUCCGUGUCUACAACCUGGACCCCAACUUGAACCACGACGAGUGCGCCAGUGUCUUCAACAAGGCCGGCAUGUACAUGCUUAUCGACGUCAACUCCCCUCUGUCCGGCGAGUCUAUCAACUCCGAGUCCCCUUGGGAGUCUUACUAUGCCGCCUACCUGAACCGUACCUUCGCCAUUGUCGACAACUUCAAGAACUACCCCAACCUUCUCGGCUUCUUCUCUGGAAACGAGGUCAUCUCCAACGUCAAGCAGGGCGGCACUGCUCCUCCCUACAUCCGCGCCGUCACUCGUGACUUGAAGCAGUACAUCAAGAACCACGCUGACCGUGCCAUCCCCGUUGGAUACUCCGCUGCCGACGUCCGUGAUGUUCUCGAGGACAGCUGGAACUACUUCCAGUGCUCCAUUGACGGAGAGGAUGACAACAUGUCUCGCGCCGACAUGUUCGCCUUGAACAGCUACUCCUGGUGUGGCAACAGCACCUUCACCGAAUCCGGCUACGACCAGUUGGUCGCCAUGUUCAAGUCUAGCGCCGUCCCCGUCUUCUACUCUGAGUUCGGUUGCAACACUCCUAGCCCUCGUGUUUUCACCGAGAUUCAGUCCAUCUACGGCUCCGACAUGAUGAACGUCUUCAGCGGCGGUGUCGUCUACGAGUUUGCUCAGGAGGCGAACGAAUACGGUCUCGCCACUAUCAACGAUGAUGGCUCCGUUGAGCUGCUAUCUGACUACGAGUCCCUCAAGAACCAGUACCUCGACAUUGACUGGACCUCCGUGCAGAGCGUCAAGGCUAGCAGCAGCAGCAACACUGCCCCCAAGUGCAGCGAGUCCCUGAUCAAAGAGGACGGGUUCAGCAACAACUUCACCCUGCCUGAUGUCCCACCUGGAGCUCAGGACAUCAUUGAUAACGGUGUCAAGGGUGCCCUUGUCGGCAAGAUCAUCGACAUCAGUGACUACAGCUUCGACUACUCGAUCAAGGAUGCCAGUGGCAACACUCUCUCUGUUGUAGUGUCCCCUCUCGCGGAUGACGGCACCAACGUUGUUGGAACGAACAACGGAACCACCAGCAGCAGUGGCAACAGCACCGGUGGUACAAACAACACCAAGAACGCCGGUUUCAGAAUGGGCUCCAGCACUGCCGCCGUUGCCCUGCCUGUUGGUAUUGCUGCACUUCUUGCUGCCUUUUAA